AUGUUAGCACAGUUAGUAGAUGCACAGUGCCAACCAGUUGCGCCAGAUGUUGCCGGACCUUCUGAAGGGCUCAGAAGUUCGACAGUUCGUGAAUUUCUUGCCUUGAAUCCUCCACAGUUUACAGGGACAGAUCACAGAGAAGACGCUCAACACUUUGUUGAUAAGCUUCAUAGGAUCUUUAGAGUCAUGCAUGCCUCAGUGACCGAGUCAGUAGAGUUAGCAACAUUUCGAUUGCGUGAUGUUACAGUAUUGUGGCCACCUAGACCUUCACCACAGCAGUUCCCGGGUAGUAGAUUUGAUCAUCAGGAACAGUCAAGCCCAGGUGAGGGUUCACGAGCAUCAGGCUUACUGCAACAGAGGGGUUCAGGCCAGGCUAGGACAUCCCUGCCACAUUGCGCUACUUGCGGUAGGAUGCAUAUCGAGAGGUGCAGAAAGGGUUUCACAAGUUGUUAUUCUUGUGCACAGGAGGGGCAUGGGUGGAGAAACUACCGUACCAUAGGUCAGGGUGGUAUAGGUCAGUCGACCAGGUCAGCAGUAGGUUCCUCCUCAUCAGCACAGUCUAUAGGGCGUGGACCCCAGACUUCAGCAUGUAGAGGUAGAGGCAGAGGCAGAGAGGGAGCAUCUAGUUCUGGUAGUGAACAAAACUAUCCUGGAUCUAUUUUGUCUUAUGUUACUUCAUUUAUUGCGGGGAGGUUAUGUAUAGUAGCAGAGUCAUUAUAUCGACCCUUUAUUUUAUCUACACCAGUUGGAGAGGCAGUUUGGGAAUGGAAAGGUGAUACAACAACGCCGAAAGUCCUUCAGGCUCUUCGAGAUCGAGAACUUUAUGCAAAGUUUUCUAAGUGGGAGUUUUGGUUGGACUUUGUAGCUUUCUUAGGCCAUAUUGUAACAAAUGUAGGCAUUGCGGUUGAUACACAAAAGAUUGAGCCGUAA